CUCUUCAGGAACCAAUCAGAUAAUUCGUUAGUUCGUCUCUCUCUCUCUCUACAGAAAGAAGCACUAAAAGAAAGAAAAUAUAUUAUAAAGAAAAUUGCCUAACUUGAUAAGAUUCCAGGAAGCAGCCGCUAAGAAAAUCACCACAUGUGAUAUGAUAUGAAGGCAUCAUCAUCAUCUCUUUAACUACACUACUCUCUUCUUCCUUAGCUCAGAAAAAAAAAGCACCAAUUUACCUCCCCCACCCCCACAAACCCUUCUUUAUUUGUAGUAUAUUGUAAUUAGGGCUGAUGGGAAGCUAGCUAGCUACACAAAUCCAUCCUCUCCUCCUCUCACAAACAGUGCGAGAGAGAGAGAGAGAGAGCUUUUUCAAGUCUUAACCCUAGAACCAUUUAACAGAAAAGUUGUACCACUACUACUACUUCAUCUUUUCUAGAUCUAUUGGUGUGUGCUCGGAGAUCAUGAAUUUCUUUGGUAGUAGACGAGGGAUCCAACAAGAAGUUGACUCUUCAAAAGGUAUGUGCCAUUUUUCUUCUCAGUCUUCUUCUUCAGCAUCCUCUUCUUAUCACAACCAGCACCAGCAACCACCGAGUAGUAACAAUAGUACGGAGCUUAUGUUGAUGGAUUCUUCGCCAGCUGGCGAAGAUCAUCACACCAUGAUUGAGAGGGAACAUAUGUUCGAUAAGGUAGUGACACCCAGUGAUGUGGGCAAGCUCAAUCGUUUAGUCAUUCCCAAACAACACGCGGAGAAGUAUUUCCCUCUGGAUUCCUCUAGUAACGACAAGGGGGGACUCCUCUUGAAUUUCGAAGACAGAAACGGGAAGCCGUGGAGGUUUAGGUAUUCCUAUUGGAAUAGCAGCCAGAGCUAUGUAAUGACCAAAGGUUGGAGCCGUUUUGUGAAGGAGAAGAAGUUGGAUGCUGGGGAUAUUGUCUCAUUUCAACGUGGAGCUGGUGAAUCGGUCAAACAUCGUCUCUUCAUUGACUGGCGCCGCCGUCCUGAUGAAAUGAAUAAUCCCUUUAUGGUGCCGCACAAUUUCUCUAAUGGGCGGCUCUUCCCUUUGCAGCCUUUCCCACCGCAUUCACAAUAUUCUCAACCUUAUCCGCAUAGCUACCACUAUGGAAUUGGUAACAAUACUAGUCCUUAUUAUAUGAGCACUUGUUUCAAUAAUAGCUUUCCGGCUACAAUGCCUUUCAGUACCAGGCCGUUUCUGAUGGGUCCUCAAAGUUGUAUUAGUGGUGUUGUGGAGCCAAGGGUGUUCAACUCAGUGCCGGUGGUUCAAGGUAAGGUGGCAGCAAAGAGACUCAGGCUGUUUGGAGUGAAUAUGGACUGCCCCAUGGAUCACUCCGACAUGUUUUCAUCCUCGGCCUCUAUCCCAACAACUUAUUCUCAGGCACAUGAUCCCCAAUUUUCGUCUUCCUUUAGGAAUUUUAACAACAGCCCAAUGCCCUCUGAAGAAUCAUCUGAAAAAGGCAAGUCAUCCAUGUCCUUGGAUUUGGAUAUUUGAUCUUCUACAUUACUAGCAUUAUGUUUCUAGCGGAAUCAAUGUGCAUAAACAUUAAUGUUUCUCACCUAUAAGGGCCGGCAGUGCUAGUUAAGGCCUCAAAAUACCAAAUUACAAGGAAGAAAUUUAGGAAACAUUAAAAGACAACAGAGAAUUGAAGAGAAGCUAGCUAAAUGCUGGUUAUUUUAUUGGCAAAGGAGGACGAAAAUAGCACAUUAUAUUGGGCCCUUCAUUUCGACACAACGUCAUACCAAUGUUCAUUUUCAAGGUUCAUGGGAAGUCUUUGAGAUAGAAAGAUUACUAAUUUGAGGUUCAAUUUGUUUAUAUGUAAUACUCUAAUUGACAUCGAUGAUGAAAUACUAGUGCUAGAUCCUCUGAAUGCUGGUUAAUUAUUCUAUUGUUUUCCUUGA